CUGCUUGACCCCGAGAGUGGUCUUGCUCCUUUUAUUUGGUCUCGCACACUGGUCAGAGCCUAAUCAGCCUAGUCAGUCUGAUAAAUUUCGUCGGGAUGCUCAUAGAGAGUCUUAAUGUCGGUGGAAACCAAAGAUGAUGAUGAAGCAAUGAUUUAAGCUGGUAUAAUUUGCUUGAUCCUGUUAUAUAUAUGUUAUAUGUUUAACCUGUUCAAUAUGCAUUCUAUAUACUGUGGCAGGUUUGAAAAGGUCACGCUUGUUGUUUUGGAUGGGAUUGGUGUUGACUGUUGGCUGUAUAGUGUAGUGACAUUUUUGCGUUUCAGCAUUUGUGUGUGUUUCCUAAUCCAAUUCCCAAUGCAACUUUAUGCUGGUAACUAUGAAAUGGAGUUGUUGCGAUUGUACGUUGGGUGGGUUUCCUGUAAAUAUCAAAAGGAAACUGUCCGUACAAUCCUGAUCAGUUCAUUCCAUAAUUAUCAGCAUAAAAUGGCAGGGACUUGCCAGUUUCCGGGCGUACUAUGUAAUAAUUUGUCGCAUCGAGUGAGGCUUCCGACACCCUUAGUUACAUAUGCCAAUUAUCUUUCUUUUUAAAAUUUGCAUGAGAACUGAAUGUAUCUCUUUUACCAUUGUAUUUCCCCAAUUGCGAAUUUCAGAUGAACUUAACGAAUCUCGAUCAGAUCUGUAUUGCUGAAUGCUAUUUGUCGAAUUUACUCAAUCAAAUAGUGCAGGUUUACAUGCUGGGACUCUAUUCGGUGUGCAUACUGUGGAAUUCUCGGUGGGACUAUGACUUUGCGUCUGACUUACACUGGCAGGACAUGGCCCAAGUAGUUAGUCUGAAAGUUGAGCUGGUUUCGAAAUUCAAAGUUGACUUACAACAGGGAAUGGAGCAGAAUUAUUGUCAGGGAUUCAUAGUUUUUGAAGAAGACAUUGCAGUUUUUCUGGAAGUUUAUGACGAUUUAUACAGGAGAAUUCACAGAAGGUUUCCAAGGUACCACUUUGUGUUUAUAGUGAGAGAGUUGGAAGCGCUGAAGUAUGCGAUGGACUAUUCUGUCUUUCAAGACUCUCCAGAUAUUUUAGUUAUUGAAAGAAAUACUGAAUCUGUUUUCCGAUUAUGGACUACGAGAUUCAGUGGGCCCUAUAACCAACGAGAACUAAUUCUGUUGGAUUCCUACACCGGCGGAACCCAUACAUUUUCUAAUAAAUCAAAUUUAUUCCCCAACAAAUUGACCAACCUCAUGGGGCGACCAUUGAUAACUGGAGUAUUUACAUAUCGUCCCUACAUUGUAGUGAAGGAACCAGACCAUAAGGAAGGAGAGAACGUCGAGACAGUUGAGGGAAGCGACAACAACGGAACUUAUCUGGAUGGAACUGAGGGCGCCUUGAUGUUAUCCUUUUGCAAAAAACAUAAUUGUACUUUGCAUCUAUUUAUCGAAGAAGCUGCUGAAUGGGGAGAUGCUUACCCAAAUUUUACCGGGACUGGUCUUCUCGGGAACCUUGUGGAAAGAAAAGUUGAAGUCAUAGCAUGUGCACUGUAUUUAUGGUACUCAUAUUACCCAUAUUUCCAGUAUUCGUCAGUUAUUUCUAGAACUGGUAUAACUGCAGUGGUGCCAGUCCCCAAGAGAGCAGUAAGCUGGCGGCUCCCAUUAGCUCCUUUUUCCUUCGAGCUAUGGAUAUGGAUGGAGCGAUAUUUAGCAUUUUUGGCAAUUUCCGUCACUCUAGGACUAUCUUAUCAUUCUGUUUCAAAUCAAAUUGCUCACUUCUUUCAUGGACUGACAACAACAUUUCGCAUUUGUCUGGGACAAUCUACAAGAAUUCCCUUCAAAACUGUUCCUGAAAAAGUUUCAAUUUUUUGUUGUUUUAUUGUUGGAUUGGUAGUUAUCAACACUUAUGGGAGUGGUCUUUCAAGUUUCUUAACAAUUCCCAAUUAUGAAGAGGCAAUCGACACAAAAGAACAACUGGCAGAAAAGCAGCAACUCUGGGGUGCCACUUCAGAAGCGUGGGUGAAUUCGAUAGAUGGGACUGAACAGUUCGUGGAGAAAACGUUGGUGCGAAAUUUUCGCAACUUAUCUAGAGAGGACCUCUACCAGCGAGGCUUAACUGGCAAGUUUGGAUUUUCUAUCGAGCGUCUAUCAUAUGGUCAUUUUGCAGCAGGCGACUAUAUAACCACGGAAACUAUGCAACAUCUUCAGCGAAUGCUUCAUGACAUCUACUACGAAUAUUGUCUGCUGAUGUCCUUCAAGACUUGGCCGUUGAUAGAGCAUUUUAACAGUUUUAUUCUGCGGGUUCAGCAAAGUGGAAUUCAGAGCGUAAUGGAACAAAAUGCGGUAAAUCGGUAUUCGAACGUGCAGGUGCAACUGCAAAUUGCAAUUAAACGGGAAAACCGUAAAACGAAUGAGCCACGAGCUCUAGGUAUCCCUGAUAUUUUGGGAGUUUUAAUGGUCCUGGUGUUUGGACUAACGUUGAGCUUGAUGGUGUUUAUUUUUGAGAUAUUUAAGUAUAGAAUUGAGAAUCCAACUAGGAAUCAGUAUUAAUUAGAUUAUAGAUCCUACGUGGUACUCUAUUUACAUACUUGUUUAAGAAUAAUUCAAUGUUUGUAAUUUGAUAGAGAUUAAUCAUGACCAUUAAUUAAAA